CUGAGCUGAAACAGAAAGUAAAGUUGUUCUUUUGUUCAGGAUCCAUUUUGAGACGACAGAGCAGAAAACACUAUAUAGAGAUUAUUGAAAAAUAAAGGGUCAGUUCUCUAAAAUGAGUCUCUCUGGGGAGAGAGAUGAAGGGGACCCUGCCUCAAAAAUGAGACUCUCUGGGGAGAGAGAUGAAGGGGACCCUGCCUCAAAAAGACUCUCUGGGGAGAGAGAGGGAGGACCUGACACCAAAGCUAAGAGACCAAUCCAGCAGGAGAGACCAGCCUCCCCUGUUCCCAGCUGUGUGUCCAUGACGAGUGACCGGUCUAUGCGUCUACCUAUACAGUUUAGAGAGGGAGACUUUUCUACUGAACAAAGUCCAAUCAAGCAGGAGAGACCAGCCUCCCCUGUUCCCAGCUGUGUGUCCAUGAAGAGUGACUGGUCUAUGGAUCUACCUAUACAGUUUAGAGAGGGAGACUUUUCUACUGAACAAAGUGGAUGGUCUACUCUGCCAGAGGAUCAGUCCAGGUGUGCAGUGUGUCAGCAGGUGCUGAGGGAUCCAGUCUCUAUCACCUGUGGACACCGGUUCUGCAGACAGUGCAUCACCAGAUACUGGGAGAAACCUGCUCCUUCAGGAGACUAUGACUGUCCUCGGUGUAGAAAGAGAUCCAGAACACGUCCUGUACUACAGCACCUGAGUGAACCCAAUGAUGCAAGAGGCUCUGACUACAUGGAUGACAGCCUGCAGAGAGCUGUAGUAAACCAUGAAGACAGUCUGCAGAGAGCUGUAGUAAACCAUGAAGACAGCCUGCAGAGAGCUGUAGUAAACCAUGAAGACAGUAUGCAGAGAGCUGUAGUAAACCAUGAAGACAGCCUGCAGAGAGCUGUAGUAAACCAUGAAGACAGUCUGCAGAGAGCUGUAGUAAACCAUGAAGACAGUCUGCAGAGAGCUGUAGUAAACCAUGAAGACAGUCUGCAGAGAGCUGUAGUAAACCAUGAAGACAGCCUGCAGAGAGCUGUAGUAAACCAUGAAGACAGUCUGCAGAGAGCUGUAGUAAACCAUGAAGACAGCCUGCAGAGAGCUGUAGUAAACCAUGAAGACAGUCUGCAGAGAGCUGUAGUAAACCAUAAAGACAGUCUGAUAAGGAGAUAUGAAUGUGUGAUAGAAGGCAUCGAAACAGCAGGGACUCAAACUCCCCUUAACAGGAUUUACACAGAGCUCUACAUCACAGAAGGAGAGAGUGAAGGGGUUAACGAUGAACAUGAGGUGUGGCAGCUAGAGACAGCAUCCAGGACACCAACCUCACAUGACACAGCAAUCCACUGCAAUGACCUCUUUAAACCCUUACCUGGCCAAGAGAGAAGCAUCAGAACUGUGCUGACGAAGGGCAUCGCUGGCAUCGGAAAAACUGUCUCUGUGCAGAAGUUCAUCCUAGACUGGGCUGAAGGGAAGGCUAAUCAAGAUGUGGAGAUCAUAUUUGUGCUUCCUUUCCGGGAGCUGAACUUGAUCAAAGAUCGCCAGUACAGUCUUCUCAGACUUUUAAAUGACUUCCACACAGAACUAGACAAAGGCAAUGCAGAGAAACUCGCUGCCUGUAAAGCUAUGUUCAUCUUGGAUGGUUUGGAUGAAAGCAGAUUUCCAUUGGAUUUCCAGCACAAUGAAAAGGUGUCUGAUGUCACCCAGACAUCAUCUCUUGAUGUUCUGAUGACAAAUCUCAUCAAGGGAAAUCUGCUUCCCUCUGCUCUCCUCUGGAUAACCUCCCGACCAGCAGCAACCAAUCAGAUACCACCUCAGUGUGUUGACCAGGUGACAGAGGUACGAGGGUUCAAUGACCCACAGAAGGAGGAGUACUUCAGGAAGAGAUUCAGUAAUGAGGACCUGGCCAGCAGAAUCAUCUCACACAUAAAGACAUCAAGGAGCCUCCACAUCAUGUGCCACAUUCCAGUCUUCUGUUGGAUUUCUGCAAUAGUCCUUGAACACAUGUUGAGUACAGACAAGAGGAGAGAGAUGCCCACGACUCUGACUGAGAUGUCCAUACACUUCCUGCUCAUUCAGACCAGCCUGAAGAACCAGAAGUAUCAUGGAAGAGAUGAGAUGGAUCAAGAGGAGCUCAUGGAGUCAGAUAAGGACAUUCUUCUGAAGCUGGGGAAGCUGGCGUUUGAAAAUCUGGAGAAGGGUAAUCUGAUGUUCUACGAAGAAGACCUGAAAGAGGCUGGCCUUGAUGUCAAAGAAGCUUCAGUGUACUCAGGAGUGUGCACACAAAUCUUUAAAGAAGAGUCUGUGUUGUUUCAGAGAGUGGUGUACUGCUUUGUUCAUCUGAGCAUUCAGGAGUUUCUCUCAGCUGUCUACAUGUACCAUUGUUACACAACCAAGAACAUGGAUGAACUGAAGCCCUUCCUCAAGAGAAAGUCUAGAGGUGCGUCUGAAGAGAUAACCUUGGAUGAGCUGCUGAAGAGUACCGUGGAUAAAGCCUUGGAGAGUAAGAAUGGACACCUGGACCUUUUUGUCCGCUUCCUUCAUGGCAUGUCACUGGCAGCCAAUCAGAAACUCCUACGAGGUCUGGUGACACAGACAGAAAUCAGUCCAGAGAGCGUCAAGAAAACAAUCCGAUCCCUGAAGGUGAUGCAGAGGAAGAACAUCUCCCCUGAGAGGUGCAUCAAUCUCUUCCACUGUCUGAUAGAGAUGAAAGACCAUUCAGUACAGAAAGUAAUCCAAGAGUACUUGAGGUCAGAGAACAGAUCCAAAAACCUCUCCCUUGCUCAGUGUUCAGCGCUGGCCUACAUGCUGCAGAUAUCAGAGGAGGUUCUGGAUGUGUUUGACCUGAAGGAAUACAAGACAUCAGAGGAGGGUCGUAGGAGACUGCUCCCAGCUGUUAGAGGCUGCAGGAAAGCUCUGUAA